GCGCAUGCAUUGCUGACAUUGGCUGCAGCAUCCCUACGAUCUGUGUAACUUUAUUGAUUCGCUGACAAGUGCAUCCUUCAGUUGUGUCACCACAGUCAGAUUGAGUUGCAUUCUGUCUAUUCGGCUGCUGGAUACUCUUCCAAAAUCAUACUAUCCUACUCGUGACCUAACUACCCUCCCAAUCCAAAAUGGCACAAGAAAAGCAAACUAUCCCAAGCGCCCUCGCUGGUGAGAUCCAGCAACGAGAUCUUGGAAAACUCCACCAUGUCGAGACGGCUGAGAAACAAGUAUUACCUGACCAACAAUGUAUUGAUACUCUAAAGAAGCACCUCGAUUUCAUGAACUCGGUGAUGCAGUACGAUCGUAAUCAGCUCAAGGCGCAGACGACCCAAGAGAAGGUCGUCCUUCCGUCUGCUGCGUGCAUCCAAGGAGAGAAGACCCAUCAGGCGCUCCUCGAAAACAUCGCUGCUGGCGACCGAAACCUGAAGCAUACAGAAACACAGGAAAAGAACAUCCUGCCUAACGCAGAAAUGCUAGCAGAGGAACACCAUCAUGAAGCCCACUUAAAGGGUAUUGAGAGGCAUGAUGUGCAACUAAGGCAUACGAAGACUGUUGUCAAGAAUGUUCUUCCUGAUGAAGAAACUGUCCAGGCCGAACAACGCCACUCGGCUCAUCUCCACAAGAUCGAACAUCCAAAUGUUUCGCUAAAACAUGUUGAAACACAGGAAAAGGUUGUACUACCAGACGAUCAAAGUAUAAAGGAGGAAAAACAACACCAACAGCUGAUGGACGGCAUCGAGCACACACCUUCAUUAAAACAUGCGGAAACUCAGGAGAAAAAUCCUCUCCCUGAUGCGAAUACAAUAAAGACCGAGAAGGUCCAGCAGGGCGUGAUGAAGGGUAUUGAAGGAUUCACUCCCGAUCAACUCAAACAUUCAGAAACGCAGGAAAAGAAUACAUUGCCAACUAAGGAAGUUAUCGCCCAAGAGAAAGCGUCAUCGUAAAUCAUCCGAAACCGCGGCGAUGGCAACUAUGCAUUGUACACGAGAAGUAGGAAAGCAAUCAUGACCAUUAUUGCAUGUAGUCAUAUUAUAACCUAGGUCCCAGGUUGACCAGUCACGCUGGGUUCAAGGUUUACUUAGGUUUUUGGAUACGUUCAUACAUUCAUAUAGCCUGUAGUGCCAUUAUUGCGAUAUAUUUGUGAAGACCGACCUUGGGGAUUUCUAACCUUGACCUUCCAGAAGGAAAGUAAUGACCUUGACCUUCCAGACGGAAAGACCUUGAACUUGAGAGGAAGCUAAUGCAUGGAGAUGUGCUCUUAGAAAUCUAGCAAGGCAGAGAAAUGUCACCUACCUUCUUGGGAAGUCAGGAGUUAACCCCAUUGGCGUGAUUCGUACAGUUUCUAUGGUUCCCUGGUCAAUUUUCAUGUCGGUUUCUCAUUCUUGCCAAACUCUGGUGAGCCUGUUUAUUUCCAUCUUAAAUGUGAUUGAGUCAAAGAAAGUGCAAUUUAUUUAAGUGUCUUGCAGCUGGGUCCAAAACUGGAAUAGUUGGACCAAUUUUUUGGUGACGAGGUGUUUCUCCUCCCACAUUAUGAUGGCGUCAGUGCCUUGGUGGCUGGCUGGUGUUUUCUCAUGUCUUUAGUUUAUAAUGUGCUAGUGAGGUGCUAUCUGGAAAGUUAAACCCAUCUGAAAAGCUAACUAUAAAACAAUAUUACUUAUCCUCUGUUUACAGUCUUUUAAAAUGAGGUGCUGAGUCAGAUCCGCAGUGUUGUAACGUUUCCUGAAAGGAACUGUCCGCCAGUUUUCAAAGCACAAUGGUGCCUCUACCUACUUUAGCGUAAAAAUCAUAUGUUCAUCUUCGAUUAAAUACCCCAAUUGUUUUCAUUAAACUUUUUCAGUGCGUCAGUUGUCUGCCCUAUUUAUUUAAAGUAUUGACCUUUAUUUUGUGAUGAGGUACCUAUGUUUCGAAUAUCUUUUUGAAGUAAUUGAAAAAAUUCAGGUGCUGUUUUGUGUACUUUUGUAUUCACUGAAACCACUCAAAGUCACUUUGCCAUUUGAUCCAUUUGUAUUGCUGGUUGACCCAUUUGUAUUGCCAUUUGAUCCAUUUGUGUUGCCCUUUGAUCCAUUUGUGUUGCCAUUUGACCCAUUUGUAUUGCCAUUUGGCCCAUUUGUGUUGCCCUUUGACCCAUUUGUAUAUGCUGUUUGACCAUACUUUGUCAACCAGGUAAAGGCAAAUCCUUCACACAUUUACACCAAAAAUACUGUACUUAGUGCUGACCUGGCUGAUCCCUGGUUCACAGAUCACCAGGAUAUAUCAGUGUCUAUCUUUUGCCAGGUCAGCAAAGUGGUUCUGCUGAGAUCUUAACCGAGCUGUGUUCCUUUUAACACCUAUCUUGGAGCUUGAAAUCUUCAUAUCCACUAUUUUGCAAAUGAGCUAAACGGCAAAGUGUUCUUUCACCGUACUUAAUUCGCAUCUUGUACAGAUGAGUGUUGUCUUUUCAUAACUCACAUAAUAUUCGAGUGGGUCCAGGAUUUCCAAUUUUUGAGGGUCAGUUUUUCAAAAUUCAUGGAUUGUUUUGCUGUGUCCAACACUGAUCCAUUCGUUGCCGCUUCAGUAAAGAACUUUCUAUCACUGAAUAAAGUGUCAGUUGGGGAGGACCCAGUCGAAUGGAACCUUUUAAAAUCCUGGUCUCAGCUGAUCUUAGUUAGUAAUUUUGAUAUUAGGAAUUGUAAAUACAUCGUUUUGUGAAAGUUUCCAGCGUGUUCAAUCAUAGGAAAUGUGCUAUAGUGAAAUGAGAGGGUACUGCCUGUGUUUUAAGUUUCGGUGGAAGUCCUUCUUGAUUAUAUUUAUAGUAGAGAAAUGACGUUGAUGAUUAUUGUAACAGAUCAACUGCUAGCUUCUUUGAAAUGCCUUCAAAGAGUUGCUGUGCCAAAUAAGCUUGAACGUAAGUAGGUUAACUGGGUCAGGUUUUAUGCACAUCCAUGCGAGCUCUUCAGGACGAGCAGUGACAGUGUCAUCUGAGGAAAAUGACAAAUAUCUUCAAAGUGCGCCGCCUUUAUUUCUGCAAGAUUUCACAAUAAACUGAUUAUCAAUGGAUGUCCCAAACGUAUGAAUGCAUAUCCUAAAAAGCGUAAAUGCACCAUUGAUAAAAUCUUUACAUUUACACCCAUAUUUUUCCACUCGGAUAAACACCAAUUAUCUGGAAUCAGGAAGAUUUCCUUGAGUGCAUGGAAAAUAGACCUCAUCAUUGUGGUUCCUCUUCAUGCCUUUGUGAGAAAUUGACCAACCCGUUUACCAGGUAUUAGGUCACCCUGUUUACAAGACUAUUUCAAGAGGUGUAUGGCUUUUCUACUUUGGAAAAUGAUCAUAAAUAGCACAUAAGAUUUCCUCAGCCAACUUUACACUAAAAUCGAAAGAUAAAAAGUCAGUGUUACAAAUUGUACUGCUCAUGAUGCAUACUUCAAGUGGUGUUUCAGUUGGAAAAUCUUUUUUCAUCUUCGUUUUGCAACAAAAAAUAGAUUCUCAGUUACUUGGUCCAUGAUAAUUCAACAUGAUAAUUCAAGUGUUUUUAAAUUAACUAGAUAUUUUGUUGGAAAAUCGAUUUUUUACUCCCUCCCAUCCCAAAAUGUUGAAGGAAACCGACAAAUUGUGCUUCUGGUUUGCAUAUAAUGUAAGACAUCUUGAAUAAACAUGUAUUUAAUUGGUAAA